AUCAUGGCAUUAGCAAAGGCACAUCUCGUGGUGGUGACUGUGAUGGUGGCGGCGGUGUUGGGAACAGUGGCAGGGGACGCAACUCCUGACCUUCUACACCCACACCCACAUCCACACUCACAACCUGACCCAUUCUCUUAUACUCACCACGCUCACGAGCCACGCCCACACCACGCCUUCCAGCCCAUCCCCCACCACGACACCCACGCCCCGUCACAUGGCCACGCCCCCUCUCACGGCCACGGUCCCCACCACCAUGAGCACCACGAGGAGGAGUACCCGAGGCGGCCCUCCAAGUUCGGCUACAGCGUGAAGGACGACUACCACGGCACAGAGUUUUCCCGCCACGAGACCAGCGACGCCUCGGGCACCACGGGGCACUACCAGGUCCAGCUGCCCGACGGGAGGCUGCAGACCGUCAUCUACCACGCUAACGACGACGGAUUCCACGCCAAGGUUCUCUACGAUGGGGAGCCACGCCACCCACCCCCGAGGAACCACCUGAUCCACCACACCACCACCACAGACCAUCACCACACCCUCCACGACCCCCACCACACCACUGAAGACCACCACCACACCCACCACGACCCCCACACCACUAAAGACCACCAUCGCAUCCACCACGACCCCCACACUACCUUCCACAACGACCACGGGCAUUUCACGACCACGAAAGGCGACGACUCCAUCCACCAUCACCACCACAACAACCACAUCCACUCCACUCCACACCACCAUCAUGAACCCGAGGGAGCAUUCCACCCAUCCACCCCACGUCCCUUCCAUGACUUGAAUAGUAACACCAUCCACAUCUCGACCACGAAGCCAGUCAUCCACCACACACCCUCCAGCAUCCACCUACCACCUGAGAUAAUCCACGUGUCAACACCAGCUCCACACCACACAACGCACCACACACACCACGACAGUCACGUAGAUCUGAGUCACUCCACAUCACCACACCACCUUGGCGGCAAUUUUGGGUUGGAGGAAGGAUUUGGUGGCACGGUAACAUUCCAGGGACAUCCACACCAGCACGUACAUCAACACCACGGGCAGAACACUCAACACCACGUAGCAGAGUCACCACACGCAGGCCAUUUUGACCUUCCCGGCAGUCGCCAUAGGCAUCAUCACCACCACCACCACAACCACAACCUCCUACCCCAGCCUAGCUCCCCAGUGCCUAUUGUGGUGAAGAAUGAGGAGUCAUCCCCCUCAUCACAUCCUCCCCAUGUCCUCAGAGAGAGCAAAGCGUCAUUUCCUCCUUCCACUCCAAGUAUCUUCGUAUCAACAGAGGAUUCUAACAGUCACUCUGAUAAACAGAACCUGCACUCUCCAAUCAUUCCCCAGUCCCUCCGCUCUACUCCUCAGGGUGGUAAAGGCAGUAUUCAUCCUCUCAUUACUUCACACUCCAAGCGCCCAGGGGAUAAGAAACUAAAGGAUAUGAUUAAUGAUCCCCUAUUUCGCUCUGACACGCCGCACAUCGCCCCAGCUCCUAGAAUUACCAUCAGGGGACAGGCCAGUGUUUAGAUGUGUCCACCCGCCUUCCCUUCCGUUUUCUUCGGCAGUGCUACGUGAUCUUGUGUUUGUGUGUGCUUGUCAAGCGACACGAAUUCGCAACCCAGUGAACACCGAGACAUGAAACACAGAAGAAGAAAGGAUAUGCGACAACAAGAAUGAAUGAAGGAAGAAAGACAGAUGGAGAAAAUUAAGCAGGAAGGAAGAAAGGUAGAAGGAAAAAAAAUGAAUAAUGAAGAAAGGUAGGAUAAAAAUGGAGGAAGGAAGAAAGGUAGAAGGAAUAAAUGAAGGACGAAGGAAGAGAGAAUGGGUAAAGGAAGAAAGAUGGAAAGAAGGAAUGAAGGGAGAAAUGAAGAAAACAGUCAAUGAAUGAAUGAAUAAGUAAAUCAGUUAGUUUUCUUUUGCUUUGUAUCGCUUCUCAGGUCUCGUUUUAUGGUUUUUCUUCAUUUCUUUUUCUUUUAUCUUCUUUUAUUCAUUAUCGCUCAUUUUUCUCUUUUAACUGUCGUUAUUUCACUUUAUUCUAAUACAAUCUCACUAUUCUUUCACUUUUUAUCAUUUAUUUAUUUAUUUAUUUAUUUUAUUUAUUUUUUUCUCUUUUUUCCUUAUUCAUUUAAUCUUGUUUAUUUUGCUCUCUCUCUCUCUCUCUCUCUCUCUCUCUCUCUCUCUCUCUCUCUCUCUCUCUCUCUCUCUCUCUCUCUCCUUCACUUCACUUAAACUAUAAUUACUUUCGGUUAUUUUUGCACCUCAAAGGGAAGGAGCUGGUGGAAGUCUUGUUAUCGUACUUAUUGCAUUUACCGUACUCAGUUUAUUCUGGUAUUCUGGUAUGCAACUUUGGUAGAGUCUCUUAGGUCGUAUUUUGCGAAGGAUAUAUAUUUUUUUAAAGGGAUAUUUAAUGUUCUUCUUUUUCUUCUUAGGUUGUGGUUGAAAAAAAUAUAUAUUGUUGAUAGUUUUCUCUCCUGUGUGUGUGUGUGUGUGUGUGUGUGUGUGUGUGUGUGUGGAGUAUGAAGCCAACUAUUAUUAUUUUUCUUGCUAAUAAAAUACUUAAUUGCCUGAAA